AUGUUCUGUUUCCAGAAGCUUCAAAGUCGCGAUUUCUUUCUUGACGGACUACAGCAGGUGGGCUGCCACGGUAUGCUCCGUGGCUACCUCCAGGUCUUCUUCAGGACCAAUGGUGUAAGGGUUGGUGCCUUAGUAGGUGAAGAAAAUACAGACAAACACGUUCCUGGAUGUCACCCGUGGGUUACCUAUUUCACAGAAAUGAAUGCCGUAAACAUGUUCUGGGAUGAAUGGCAUCCUAGGCUUCACUGUAUGAUCAAUGAUCUUCCAACAGCAAAACCACCCGCUGUCCAGAAACUCAUUUGGACAAAGCACAAGAUCAGCGUGAGUGGCUCACGUGAACAGUAUGUAUCUUCUUCCACUAGCAGAAAGAAGAUCCAGCAGUGGGUCCCGCCUUCAGCGCAUUACAAGCAAAAUCCAUGA